GGACAAACCCAUAAGCCAAACAAAAACAGCUCUCUGGUAGGUGUUUACGCUUAGCGUUUUCAUCCUACAAUGAGAUCACUGCCCAUUGUAGUACUUUCCCUCCUGAUUCUUGUCCUAGCUGCCCAUGUAUCCCAAGCCGAUGACAAGGGCUCUUCGGUUGGAAAUGGGAAGGAUUCCCAUGCCGGUGAUGAUCAUAAAUCAAAUGGUGUAGGGCCGGUGAAAAAACCCAAAUGCCCUAAGCCCGGACAUGGUCCAAAAAACCAUGACAAUGAUGGUCGAGGACCACCAGAAAAGGAGUGCGAUGAUGAAGAGACAACACCGUCAUCGCCUGGGCCUUCCCCAAACCAAGGUAAUGGUUCGCCAUCACCACCGCCAUCCCCGUCCUAUUCACCACCCAUGACUCCAUCACCUCCACCUCCAUCAGAAACUAGUCCUCCUACUGCACCUCCACCCUACCAACCUAGCAAUCAAUCUCCUCCCCUGCCGUCAUCUUCAAGCCCCCCACCAACACCUUCAUCUAGUCCCCCUGUUACACCUCCAACCUACGAACCUAAUGAUCAAUCGCCACCGCCUCCAUUGAAUCCUCCGCCCAUUCCCCCACCACCUCCAUCUAGUGCGCCUGCGGCACCUCCAAUGAACCCGACUAAUGAUCAGCCUCCUCCACCAACGACGUCAUCUAGCCCCCCACCACUAGCUCCAGCGACCCCACCAACACCUUCAUCUAGUCCCCCUGUUACGCCUCCAUCCUACGAACCUAACGAUCAACCGCCACCACCUCCAUUGAAUCCUCCGUCCAUUCUCUCACCACCUCCAUCAAGCCCACCAACCUUACCUCCAAUGAACCCGACUAAUGAUCAACCUCCUCCACCAUCUCCGUUGUCUAGCCCCCCACCACUAGCUCCAGCCACCCCACCAACACCUCCAUCUAAUCCCCCUGUUACGCCUCCAUCCUACGAACCUAAUGAUGAAUCGCCACCACCUACAUUAAAUUCCCCUGCCAUUCCCUCACCACCUCCAUCAAGCCCAACUGUGGCACCUCCUAUGAACCCGACUAAUGAUCAGCCUCCUCCACCAUCGUCGUCAUUUAGCCCCCCACCAAUAGCUCCAACUACUCAACCACCUCCCUCUAGCCCACCUGCUACACCUCCAACAGACUCAACUGAUGAGGAACCUCCUACAUCACCACCAGCAUCCAGUCCACCAGCAACUCUAUCAAGUCCUCCACCACCGUCAUCGAGUACACCACCGGCUCCAUCCAUCACCACACCACCUUUGGCUAGUCCCCCUGCUACACCUCCAACGUACCAAGCUAAUGACCAGUCCCCUCCACCUCCACCAUCAUAUAGUCCUCCGCCAUCAGCUUUAGCUAGUCCUCCACCACCAUCACCACUGAGUCCACCAGCAAUAGCACCAACCACUAGCGCACCUCCUCCAUCUACUCCCCCAUCGCCUAUGUCUAGUCCACCAGCAACACCUCCAACUGAUGAGCAAACUCCACCACCACCAUCAUCUAGUCCACCAGUAGCUCUAUCAAGUCCUCCACCACCAUCAUUGAGUACACCACCGUCUCCAUCCAUUGCCACACCACCUUUGUCUAGCCCCCCUGCUACACCUCCAACGUACCAAGUUGAUGACCAGUCCCCUCCAUCUCCAACAUCAUACAGCCCACCACCGACAACUUUAGCUAGUCCACCACCACCGUUGAGUCCACCAGCAAUAGCACCAACCACUAGCACACCUCCUCCAUCUACUUACCCAUCGCCUAUGUCUAGUCCACCAGCAACACCUCCACCAGACUCGACUGAUAAGCAAAGUCCAUCACGACCACCAUCUAGUCCACCAGUAGCUCUAUCAACUCCUCCACCACCAUCAUCGAGUACAUCACCGGCUCCAUCCAUUGCCACACCACCUUUGUCUAGUCCCGCUGCUACACCUCCAACGUACCAAGCUGAUGACCAGUCCCCUCCACCUCCACCAUCAUACAGUCCGCCACCGUCAGCUUUAGCUAGUCCUCCUCCACCACCAUUGACUCCACCAGCAAUAGCCCCAACCACUAGCGCACCUCCUCCAUCUACUUACCCAUCGCCUAUGUCUAGUCCACCAGCAACACCUCCAACGGACUCAACUGAUGAGCAAACUCCAUCACCACCACCAUCUAGUCCACCAGUAGCUCUAUCAAGUCCUCCACCACCAUCAUCGAGUACACCACCGGCUCCAUCCAUUGCCACACCACCUUUGUCUAGUCCUCUUGCUACACCUCCAACGUACCAAGGUGAUGACCAGUCCCCUCCACAUCCACCAUCAUACAGUCCGCCACCAUCAGCUUUAGCUAGUCCUCCUCCACCACCAUUGAGUCCACCAGCAAUAGCCCCAACCACUAGUGCAUCCCCUCCAUCUAGUUACCCAUCGCCUAUGUCUAGCCCACCGGCAACACCUCCAACGGACUCAACCGAUGAGCAAAGUCCAUCACCACCACCAUCUAGUCCACCAGUAGCUCUAUCAAGUCCUCCACCACCAUCAUCGAGUACACCACCUGUUCCAUCCAUUGCCACACCACCUUUGUCUAGUCCCCCUGCUACACCUCCAGCAUACCAAGCUGAUGACCAAUCCCCUCCACCUCCACCAUCAUAUAGUCCGCCACCGACAGCUUUAGCUAGUCCUCCACCACCACCAUUGAGUCCACCAGCGAUAGCACCAACUACUAGCGUACCUCCUCCAUCUACUUCACCAUUGCCUAUGUCUAGUCCACCGGCAACACCUCCGACGUACCAAGUUAACCAACCACCACCGCCACCACAAUUUAGUCCCCCUGCCACACCUCCGACCUAUCAAGGUAAUGCCCCACCACCGGCAUCGGCACCAGCACCACUUAGUCCCUCAGCAACAGCACCGCCACCUGGUGCCCCUACUGGCAAUGGAUGGGUGCAAGUUCAGAACUUUCAUGACGCCCUAUACUGGCAAAUCGGGCGCUUUGUGGUGUUCAAGUUGGUAAACAAGAAGGACAACUCCCUUGUUGAUGUGCUAUAUGUGAGCAUGCAACCCGCUGGAAAGGGCAACAACUACUUUCUUGUGAUAAAAGUAGCAGAUGGAUAUAAGAAGGUCGGCAAGUAUCAUGUGCUCCUAUGGGGUGUGCCUGGGUCACCAGAUGAAGAAUGGAAAGUAUAUUGGCUCAAAUUUGUAGGAUACUAAGCACAUGGUGGAAACAAGAUUAUCCAGCUAUCGACCAUGCAUGGCAUUUCUAGGGAGAAGAUAUAUAGACAUUUUGUGGUCAACGUGCGCCUGCAUGGAUUAGUUGAUCUUUGUAGCUUUGAGGGGCUUGAUAUCCAACUAUAUGUUCUGAUUUCAGUGAUAAAUUUAUGUUUUGUUCUCAUUAAAAUUGCCUUAAAUUUACAAAAUAUGGCUGGAGAUAUAAUCAUAUAACUCAAAGCA